CCCAGAGACACUUGUGUCUACAUAGGAAACUGGCAGAAGCGAACAGCGGAAGCUUCCAAAUUAAAGAAUGUCGAAACCUUCACCAAAUUCAUGUAUUUGCAUUUCCUCUUCAGACCUCCUUACAAAGAGUUUGAAAUUCCUUCCUUCCGCAAAGAAAGCGGAUUUUCUUUCUCAGAGGAAACAGUGCUGGAUCCAAAUUUUUCCGAAGAACGGGUGGCAAACGGGGCAGCUAGGAAUCGCGCCUGUGAUUGCUCUGUAGCGCCGACUUCCUUUCUCUAUUUCGAUAUAAAUGCAGGCUUAUUUAUUUAUUCUCCCUCUCACGCUCGCAACCUGUGGACUAGAAGCCUGACUGGUGCGGCUGGCAGGGAGGCCCGUGGGCACGCGCUGUGGAGCCCGACCUUGUGGCACCUCGUCGCAGUCUUCAGAGGGAAGUCCCCAUUCCGGCUCCUCCGGCGGGGUCUGGACUUACCCGGGUCCGGGGGAGGAAACCAUGACCGCCUUCCCUGGUGCCCCCUUGCCUUUCUGCCCCGCUGGAGCUGCUGUCCUUAAUUGACGAGCUAGUGACUAUUGGCUGAAGUUCCCCAGCGAUUUGCAUGCUCAGAGAGGGAGUGUCUUCUGCCGCCCUCCGGUCAGGAGCGCGCCGACUGCAGCCUCCCUGGGAAUGCGCGGCGGAGGGGAUGUGCACAGCUCGCGGGCCCUGGCAGUGAGCUGGAGCACGGCGACCUGGCACCCGCGCCUGGAUAUGGGGCAUCCAAGUCGUCCCAGGAGCAGCACCAGCCACAGAAACCUGCCGCAUCUGCUUCUGUUUUUCCUCUUCGUGGGACCCUUCAACUGCCUGGCGAGUUACAGUCGAGCCACAGAGCUUCUGUACAGCCUGAACGAGGGACUGCCCGCGGGUGUGCUCAUCGGCAGUCUGGCGGAGGACCUGAGGCUGGUGCCCCGUGCGGGAAAGCAGGACCCGAAGUCGCAGCUGCCAGAGCACAGCGGCGCCGCGGAGCAGAAUCUCCCGCUUUCCUUCAGCCUGGCAUCCCAGGGACUGAGUGGACAGUACGUGACUCUAGACAACCGCUCCGGGGAGCUGCACACUUCUGCCCAGGAGAUUGAUCGGGAGGCCCUCUGUCUUGAAGGAGGUGGAGGGGCUGCCUGGGGUGGCAGCAUUUCCAUCUCCUCUUCGCCUUCUGCUGACUCUUGCCUUUUGCUUCUGGAUGUACUGGUCCUGCCUCAGGAAUACUUUAGAUUUGUGAAGGUGAAAAUCGCUAUCCGGGACGUCAAUGACAAUGCCCCGCAGUUCCCUGUUUCCCAAAUAUCAGUUUGGGUUCCAGAAAAUGCACCUGUAAACACCCGGCUGGCCAUAGAGCACCCUGCCAUGGACCCAGAUAUAGGCACUAAUGGAGUUCAGACCUACCGCUUACUGGACUACCAUCGUAUGUUCACCCUAGACGUAGAGGAGAAUGAGAAUGGGGAGCGCACCCCCUACCUAAUUGUCAUGGGACUGUUGGACAGGGAGACCCAGGAUCAGUAUGUAAGUAUCAUCAUAGCUGAGGAUGGUGGGUCUCCACCACUGUUGGGAAGCGCCACCCUCACCAUUGGCAUAAGUGAUAUUAAUGACAAUUGCCCUCUCUUCACGGACUCGCAAAUCAAUGUCACUGUGUAUGGGAAUGCUACAGUGGGCACACCAAUUGCAGCUGUCCAGGCUGUGGAUAGAGACUUGGGAAACAAUGCUGAGAUCACCUACUCCUAUAGCCAGAAAGUUCCACAAGCAUCCAAAGAUUUAUUCCAUCUGGAUGAAACCACUGGAGUCAUUAAACUUUUCAGUAAGAUUGGAGGGAGUGUUCUGCAAACACACAAGCUCACCAUCCUUGCCAAUGGGCCAGGAUGCAUCCCUGCUGUGAUCACUGCCCUGGUGACUAUUAUCAAAGUCAUUUUCAGACCACCUGAAAUUGUUCCCCGUUAUAUAGCAAAUGAGAUAGAUGGUAUUGUUUACCUGAAAGAACUGGAACCUGUUAACACCCCGAUUGCAUUCUUUACUAUAAGAGAUCCAGAAGGGAAAUAUAAGGUGAACUGCUACCUAGAUGGUGAAGGACCAUUUAGGUUAUCACCCUACAAACCAUACAGUAAUGAAUAUUUGCUAGAAACCACAAAAACAAUGGAUUAUGAGCUCCAGCAGUUCUAUGAAAUAGCUGUAGUAGCCUGGAACUCUGAGGGAUUUCAUGUCAAAAAAACGAUUAAAGUGCAACUUUUAGAUGACAAUGAUAACGCUCCUAUUUUCCUUCAACCUUUGGUAGAAUUAACCAUUGAAGAGAACAAUGCACCCAAUGCCGUUUUGGCUAAGCUAGAUGCUACAGAUGCUGACAGUGGAGAGAGAGGCCAAGUUUCAUAUUUUCUGGGACCUGAUGCUCCAGCAUAUUUUUCCUUAGACAGUGUCACAGGAAUUCUGACAGUUUCUACUCAGCUGGACCGAGAAGAGAAAGAAAAGUAUAGGUACACGGUCAGAGCAGUUGACUCUGGGAAACCUCCCAAGGAGUCGGUAGCCACUGUGGCUAUCACAGUUUUGGAUAAAAAUGACAACAGCCCUAGGUUCAUCAACAAGGACUUCAGCUUCUUUGUGCCGGAAAACUUCCCAGGAUACGGUGAAAUUGGAGUGAUUAGUGUAACAGAUGCUGAUGCUGGGCAAAAUGGAUGGGUCGCCCUGUCUGUGGUAAACCAGAGUGAUAUUUUUGUCAUAGACACAGGAAAGGGCAUGCUGAGAGCUAAAGUCUCUUUGGACAGAGAGCAGCAAAGCUCCUAUACUUUGUGGGUUGAAGCUGUUGAUGGGGGUGAGCCACCCCUCUCCUCUACUGCGAAAAUCACAAUUCUCCUUCUAGAUAUCAAUGACAACCCUCCUCUUGUCUUAUUUCCUCAGUCUAACAUGUCUUACCUGUUGGUACUACCCUCGACUCUCCCUGGCUCCCCAGUUACAGAGGUCUAUGCAGUUGACAAAGACACAGGCAUGAAUGCUGUCAUAGCUUACAGCAUCAUAGGGCGAAGAGGUCCUAGGCCUGAGUCCUUUAGGAUUGACCCUAAAACUGGCAACAUUACUUUGGAGGAGGCGUUGCUGCAGACAGAUUAUGGGCUCCAUCGUUUACUGGUGAAAGUGAGCGAUCAUGGUUAUCCCGAACCCCUUCAUUCCACAGUCAUGGUGAACCUAUUUGUUAAUGACACUGUCAGUAAUGAGAGCUACAUUGAGAGUCUUUUAAAAAAGGAACCAGAAAUCAAUAUAGAGGAGAAGGAACCACAGAUCUCAAUAGAACCAACUCACAGGAGAUUUGAAUCUGUGUCUUGUAUGCCCACCCUAGUAGCUCUGUCGGUAAUAAGCUUGGGUUCUAUCACGCUUGUAACAGGCAUGGGCAUAUAUAUCUGUUUAAGGAGAGGGAAAAAGCAUCACAGGGAGGAGGAAAAUUUGGAAGUACAAAUUCCAUUAAAAGGAAAAAUUGACUUGCAUAUGAGAGAAAGGAAACCAAUGGAUAUUUCUAAUAUUUGAUAUUUUACUGUGAAAUAAGAGAUGUUUUAAUUGACUUUGGGGAAUCUCCAUCACCCAAACAAGAUUGUAGAUGGCAAGUCCAAUGAAGAACAACUAAUUUAUAACUUGUACCAUAUUGUAAAUAUCUGUUUACAAGUUUUUAAAUUCAAAAUCAGAGGUUAUAAAAUGUGUACAGCCUUUUUUUAAUGAAAAUUAGUACUAACAGCUGUGGAACUUUAUUAAAAAAAAAAAAGCUUGGACGUGAUUUGCAUCUGCUUUCACUCACCAAGCAGAUGAUUGUUAAAACCUGGGAGUAAGGUAAGAAAAUGGUACAAUGCAUUUUUUGUCUAAGUCCUUUUACCACAAGAGGGCAUUGGCUUCUCCUUUGCAGGGAACUCUUUUGAGGUAUUGUACAUGACAGUUGUACAUGAAAUUAAUGAAAGAGUAUAUUUUAAAUAUAUUGUUUUUACAUUUAUCAAAGAUGAAAUUAAAGUAAAUGGAUUUUCACCCCAUUUAAAUGUAUGAUAAGAAAGAAAAUAAAUGCAUUUGUAAACAGAAUGUUUAUUACCUCACAUGCACAUCAUGUAUAAUUUGAAAGAGAAGACAAUGCAAAGAAGCGCAAUUCCUUUUUAGCAAGGAUAAAAACUUUGACGUGUUAAAAAUCUGACCUGCUGAAGAGUAUUUCACUUUCUGUGUACUCCAGUUGCAUUCUGUUUGCUUUAUCAUUGCACUUGCUAUUACAGAGGAAAAAAAAAAGUAUAUAUAUAUAUAUAUUCUUUCUCACAGAAAAUGUAACUAGAAAUUGUGUCACAAAAAAUAGCCAGAGGCAAAGAUAUGUUUCAAUCUUUAGUUGCUACAUAGGUGCAUUCCCAACUUCUUAGUAGUACUUUAUAUGUGGGUUAUGUAUUAGAUUCUUAUAUGCUUAAACUCAUCCAUUACAUAAGGAAAGAAAACUUAUAUAAAACAUAAUUAUCCUAGAAACUGGUGGAUGCUAUUGGUCGUCUUAGCUGGACUUUUCAUAUGAAAGUUUUAUUUAUCUUUUUUGUUGUUGUUUAGGUUUGUUGAUGACUGUUUCUGGCUUACUUUCUUUGCCUUUGGAUUAGGUCCAAGAGUUUAUUUGUAAGCCCAGCAGCAGAUUUCUUUGAUAAUUUAGCUGUUACUGAACCCUUUGCAGUGAAGCAAGCUGGCUCGUCAGUGAUUGAUCACCUUCACUUCAUUGUGUGAGCUGGAAAUUUUAUUUUAUAUGGCAGCUAUAGCAGAAUUAUCUAUGUAAACAAAGAAUAAGUGCUAGCUUAAAAUGGAUCACUCUGCUUUUCAGCAUCAUGUGUCUGUACUGUACCAAAAGUGUUUAUAUGUCUGCAAAUUAAAGGUAUAUAUUUUCAUAA